UGCACAUUAGAGUUUUGUAGCUCACUGUGCGUUUCAGUUUGACUCAAACACUUGAUAAACAGACAGAAUGAGCAACAUUGCAAAGUUUCUUGCUAAAAGGCAGGAUAGAGAAGAAGGUGUUGGCUCCAAUGCGAAGGCGAUACCCUUUAACAAGCAGGACUACCAGAGUCUGAAGCGUGAAUGUUUGGAAAGAAAAACAUUGUUUCGUGACCCGACCUUCCCAGCCGAUUCUGAGUCUCUGGGAUACAAUGAACUCGGGCGGUAUUCCUUCAAGACUCGAGGAGUGGAGUGGAAGAGACCAAAGGAGCUGUGUUCAAACCCCCAGUUCAUUGUGGAUGGUGCCAAGCGGACUGACAUCUGCCAAGGGGCUUUGGGUGACUGUUGGCUGCUGGCAGCUAUUGCCUCUCUGACUCUAGAUAACAACAUUCUGGAACGCGUAGUCCCACCUGGUCAGAACUUUACGGACGACUACGCCGGCAUCUUUCACUUUCAGUUCUGGCAGUAUGGUGAAUGGGUGGAUGUUGUCAUUGAUGACCAGCUGCCCACCAAAGAUGGAAAGCUGCUGUUUGUUCACUCGGCUGAGGGUUCAGAGUUCUGGAGCGCUCUGCUGGAGAAAGCUUAUGCAAAGCUCAACGGCACAUAUGAAGCUCUGUCGGGCGGCAGCACCAAUGAGGGUUUUGAGGACUUCACUGGAGGAAUUGCUGAGAAUUAUGAGUUGAGUAAAGCCCCUCCUCAUCUGUUUAAGAUCAUUCAGAAAGCACUGGGGUUGGGCUCCCUGCUCGGCUGCUCUAUCGAUAUUACCAGUUCAUAUGAAACAGAGGCGGUGACCAGCCUGAAGCUGGUGAAAGGACAUGCGUACUCCGUUACUGGCGCAGAGGAGGUUCAUUACAUCGGGCGUCCGAUGCAACUGGUGCGUAUGAGGAACCCGUGGGGUCAGGUGGAGUGGACGGGCCCGUGGAGUGAUAACUCCAACGAGUGGAAUAAUGUCCGGCCGGAGGAGAAAGCUAAACUGGAUUAUUCAGCCGAAGAUGGAGAGUUCUGGAUGGCAUAUUCAGACUUCAUAAAGCACUUCUCCAAGCUUGAGAUCUGUAAUCUAACCCCAGACACUCUGACCAGUGAUGAGGUGGGCCAUUGGAACUACUGUCAGUUUGAAGGAAACUGGAGGGUGGGCUCCACGGCAGGGGGCUGCAGGAACAACCCAGCUACAUUUUGCUCAAACGUCCAGUUUGUGAUCAAGCUGGAGGACGUUGAUGAUGAUCCUCAUGAUGGAGAGGAUGGCUGCACUUUGCUGGUGGGACUGAUGCAGAAAGAUGGACGUAAAGACAAACGCUUUGGACGGGACCUGAAUACCAUUGGCUUUGCCAUCUAUGAGGUUCCAGAUGAGUACAAGGGUCGUAAUAAUAUUCAUCUCGGUCCCGACGUGCUCCUGCGUAAAAGAUCGGUUGCAGGAAGCAGCACCUUUAUUAACCUGCGAGAGAUGAGCGAGCGGUUUAAACUGCCUCCCGGGGAAUACAUCAUCAUCCCAUCAACUUUUGAGCCCCAUCGAAAGGGAAGUUUCAUACUGCGUGUGUUUACAGAGAAGGAGGUGGCUGCCAGCCCGAUGGAUUCAGAUAUUACAGCAAACUUGAAAAAGGAUUCCAUAUCUGAGAGUGACGUGGACCCGCAUUUUAAACACCUUUUUGUGCAGAUCGCUGGAAAUGACUCAGAGGUGUCUGUGUCGGAACUACAACAGAUACUAGACAACAUUGUGUCUAAAAGAACUGAAGUAAAGACUGAUGGAUUCACGAUGGAAACGUGCCGCCACAUGAUCAGCCUGCUAGAUAAAGAUGGCAGUGGUAAACUUGGCCUGGUGGAGUUUCACACACUGUGGAUAAAGAUCCAGAAAUAUUUGGAAAUUUUCAAGAGCCGUGACACAGACAACUCGGGCACUAUGAGUUCUCAUGAGAUGAGAGAUGCAACAAAGGAAGCAGGGUUCCAGGUGAACAGUGAAAUACUUCAGGUGAUAAUCUCGCGUUAUGCCAACCAGCAGUAUGCCAUUGACUUUGAUAGCUUUGUGGGCUGCCUGAUCCGCUUGGAGAUGCUCUUCAAAAUGUUUAAAUUGUUCGAUAAGAAGAAUACCGGGAAAAUGGAGCUGGAUAUCCUGCAGUGGCUUUGCUUGGCCCUCAGUUAAAAAUCCACAUGUUUCAAGAAGACCCAGGAUUUCCCGGAGAAGAAUGGCUUGGCUGCAAAAGUAGAAUCAACCAAAGUAUUAUCUAAACUUUGAGUUGUCCUCAAAAUACAGUUUCAGAUGAAAAUAAACGUAACUUACAAAACAGCUGCGUGUUCUACCAAAAUAUGCAUCCACACGAAAACAAAACUGUGUAUAAAUUGAAUCAGAACGAAAUUGUUAAAGGCGGGAUCAGCGAUUCCUAACUUUCGCUUGUUUAGACUAGUCGGGCCGAGUACCAAAACAACCUUGUAGCCAAUCAGCAGUAAGGUGCGCAGUGCACAGGACAGACAUUAGUCGAGCCGAGCUUUGACAAAAGCGAAAGAUGGGGGUAGGGGUGUGUUUGUUUUGGUGAUUUGAACAUCAACAAUGGCUAAGAGAAAUCGGACACCCCGCCUUUAACUUAUAAAUGUCUUUAACAUUAGUCAACAUAUACUAUCAGAGUUUCUACACUAGUCUACUAAAUGUCUUCACUAGAAGCUUCAAGAACCAAAGAAAACUUGUGUGUGCAAGACCACGUGGCAAACAGUUUAUCAAGGUAAGAUUAAAUCAGAGUUAGUUGGAAAACCAUAUCACACUGCUCAACCAUUACCCGACAAUCUCCAGACUGUAAAAACAAACAAGUUUGUUGGUGUUUGUGGAGGGCAGUGUAAACAGUCGUCUGCAGGACUGUGCGGCAGGAAUGAAACAUUAAUCUUAGCUGCGAUUCAGCCCUAUGAAGCACUUUAUCAUCAAAUUGUGGCCUUUGUAAAAAAUCUAAUACUGGGAUGUUUCUGAUCAAAAUUACGAAUAAAAUUUAAAUGAAUACUAUAAGAAUGAGAGCUACAGGUUUGUUGUGGUGGUUUGCAUAGCGGCAAUUAAAUGCAAAUAAACUUCUGACAUGAAAAUAAACAGACCUAGCAACGCAGCUACUAGAAUUACUGUAGGCUACAUUUAAAACCACUUAACACAUAUGUGGCACACAUACUUUUCCAUGGUUUACCUUAUUAUCAUGGAAAAAAGAGUUCACUGGAAAAACUUAUCACUCUGCUCAAUCACGCCACGUCCCAAGAAACGCAGACAUUUUGCGGGGUCAGUGUGUCUACGUUUACACUUGACAUUAACAUGAGAUAGGAUCUGAUCAAGCUGAUUGGCACGUUUACAUGUUAACAUCUUGUGGCUUCUGCAUCUGCACUUAAAAAAAAUCAAAUUUUACAGAUUAUUCUUUUUUUUUUUAAGAUUUUCCACGUAAAAUGUCAAAAAACGAUUUUAUUUCAGUGUUUUUACAGAUUUUUUAUGUAUCUUUAAAAACAGUAAAAUUACAGAAAAAGACCACAAAUUUACAAGAAAGCCAGGGGAACGUGUAAUUUCACAGUGAAAACCCGUUAUUUUACAGUUUAUUUCUGGCACCCCAGCUGCCAGAAAUUUUUUUUUACAGUUUAUUUUUUAAAUAUGGUCAAACAACUAU